GGACAGUAUUACAUGCGAUGUCACCCAAGUGAAGUGUGAAGUGUGAAGUGUGAAAGUCAAAGGAAAGCCACAGUCCAAUUGCAUAUCUGAUCUCGCAUCCGUCGAACAAGAUCCGAAUUCCAAAAUGGCUUCUUCUUCUCCGAAACCCAGCGUGUGGUUGGCUCCAAACCCCAGCAAAAGAUGGGGAGAACUCUUCUUCCUUUUCUACACCCCCUUUUGGCUCACCCUUUGUCUUGGCAUUGUUGUUCCUUUCAAUCUUUACGAGAACUUCACAGAAUUGGAGUAUUUGCUUCUUGGAUUGGUCUCAGCUGUUCCUUCUUUCUGCAUUCCAAUGCUGCUCGUUGGAAAGGCUGAUAAAAUCAUUCCUUGGAAGGAUCGUUAUUGGGUCAAGGCAAGUGUUUUUAUGGGAAGGCUUAUUAUACAAGUCAAACCUAUGACGUCUGGGUCACAUGGCGACAACACCAAUUGUUGUGUCAAGGCCAGUCUCUGGAUAAUAAUCUUCAGUUAUGUUGGGAAUUAUUUCUGGACUCAUUACUUUUUCACAGUUCUGGGUGCAUCUUACACCUUUCCAUCAUGGAAAAUGAACAAUGUACCGCACACAACAUUCCUGCUCACCCAUGUUUGCUUCCUCUUAUAUCAUGUUGCAUCUAACAUGACACUGCGCCGAUUACGACAUUUUAUUGCUGAUUUGCCAGAAAAAGUUCAAUGGGCUUAUGAAGCUGCUUGGAUUCUUGCUCUUGCUUAUUUUAUAGCAUACCUGGAGACAAUAGCUAUUUCCAAUUUCCCUUAUUAUCAAUUUGUGGAUCGAGAAUCUAUGUACACAGUUGGAUCUUUGUUUUAUGCCAUCUACUUUAUCGUGAGCUUCCCAAUGUUUCUAAGGAUUGAUGAGAAACCUGGCGAUAAAUGGGACUUACCCAGAGUGGCUGUUGAUGCUUUGGGUGCUGCAAUGCUAGUCACAAUACUACUUGAUUUGUGGCGCAUCUUUCUGGGACCUAUUGUUCCAAUCCCAGAAGCAAAACAGUGUCGUCAAGCUGGAUUACCCUGGUUUCCAGGACAUGCCAAUUUAACAUGAGAUUUUACAUGAAUAGAACCCACAAAAUGGAAAGAUUAUGGUUUCCAUUACACACCAAUGCAAUCCAAAUAUAUGUUGUUAUAUGGAGAAUCUGCAGAAGAAACCAAAGUUGGAUAAUCCUUGUACUAAUGCUAAAUUCAUGAUCAGAUCAAUGUUGUGUUUGUAGUGCUUUAAUGUUGCAUGAGGUAGUAGUCAACGCAGGUGACUUAGUAGUGUCUAUUGAA